AUGUCUCCUGGGGGAUUUACAGCAGCCACAAACGGUGCCGUUCAGAUACACAACAACGAACAGCAUCAUUGGCUCACCUCCACUGCAGGAGUUAUAGAAAGCUGUGCCCAUGUAUACGUAUAUGACAGUCUGUCAUCGGGUAGUCUAGGACGUGCCCUUCGUAGGCAGCUUGUUGAUAUUUACAGGCUUCUGGCUGACAAGGAUGGCAAAAUUGAUGUAGCCAUCAAAGCAGUGCAGCAGCAGUUACGUGGGGAGGGAAACUGUGGCCCCUUUGCUGUGGCUUUUGCUACAGCAUUGUGUCAUGGAAUUGAUCCCAGUACUGUAUCUUUCUCUGAGCGUUCUCUAAGAAAACACCUGCACUUCUGUUUUCAGUCAGGUACUCUCACUUGCUUUCCUCAAGUUAGCCGUACAACAAGAUCUACUGAAGUAAAGACGGCAAUCAGCAUCCAUUGUCUGUGCUGCUUGCACCUUCCUGGGAAGCAAAUGGUCCAGUGUGAUGACUGUGAGAACUGGUAUCACCUGGACUGCGUUAGUUCAUCUUCAAACGGUGUGGCGAGUGCGGCCAAAAUUUCCCAACAACCAACUUGGCACUGUCGAGAGUGCACAAAGAGACAGAACUAGCAAUG